AUGGCAGUGAGCUCGAUCAAGAACUCGAUCGAGUCGAGUUUCGAACAAACGAACUCGAUCGAGCUGGGGGCUGAGAGCAAGGAGCAAGCUCAAGGAGAUUGGUCUGAGCUUAAGGCGCCUAAAGUCGACCUCAAACCUUUGCCUGAGGGCCUCAGGUAUGCAUUUCUGGGUGAAAACUCAACUUACCCUGUCAUUGUGAACUCUGAUUUGGAACCUGAACAGUUGAGUGCUUUGCUUGUUGAAUUGAGAAAGUACAGAAAGGCAAUAGGUUACACUCUAGAUGAUAUCAAGGGGAUCUCCCCUGACCUAUGCAUCCAUAGGAUUCAUCUAGAGGAUGAAAGUAAGUCAAGCAUUGAACCUCAGAGAAGGUUGAACCCCAAUCUAAAGGAAGUAGUGAAGAAAGAGAUACUCAAGUUGCUUGAUGCUGGGAUAAUCUAUCCCAUCAGUGAUAGCACUUGGAUAUCUCCAGUUCAUUGCGUCCCAAAGAAAGGGGGGAUCACUGUCAUUAAAAACGACAAAGAGGAGCUGAUUCCCACUAGAACAAUAGUGGGGCAUCGCAUGUAUGUUAGAAAGAUUGGCAAACCACCCUUUUAUUGUUUUCUUGAUGGCUACAGUGGUUUCUUCCAAAUCCCGAUCCACCCUAAUGAUCAGGAGAAGACCACUUUCACAUGCCCUUAUGGCACCUUUGCUUAUCGAAGGAUGCCAUUUGGGCUGUGCAAUGCUCCAGCUACUUUCCAGAGGUGCAUGACCUCCAUUUUUUCAGAUCUGAUAGAGGAGAUGGUAGAAGUCUUCAUGGACGAUUUCUCAGUCUAUGGAGCAUCCUUCUCCUCAUGUUUGUCUAACUUGUGCAGGGUGUUGCAGAGGUGUGAGGAGACCAAUCUAGUACUCAACUGGGAGAAGUGCCACUUCAUGGUUCGAGAAGGGAUUGUGCUUGGACACAAGAUUUCCGAGAAAGGGAUCGAGCUCGAUCGAGCUAAGGUGGAUGUCAUGUUGCAGCUCCCUGUUCCCAAGACUGUGAAGGACAUAAGGAGUUUUCUGGGUCACGCAGGGUUCUACAGAAGAUUCAUCAAGGAUUUCUCAAAGAUAGCAAGACCCUUGACAAGGCUUCUAUGCAAGGAGACAGAUUUUGAGUUUGAUGAAGAAUGCCACAAGUCUUGGACCUUGCUGAAGGAUGCUCUGGUGUCUGCGCCAAUAGUACAAGCUCCAAACUGGGAUCACCCAUUUGAGAUUAUGUGUGAUGCAUCUGACUAUGCAGUAGGAGCAGUGCUUGGCCAAAAGAUAGACAAGAAACUCAAUGUCAUCUACUAUGCAAGCAAGACUAUGGAUGAUGCUCAGUGCAAGUAUGCAACCACAGAGAAGGAACUCCUUGCCAUAGUCUUUGCCUUUGAGAAGUUUCGAAGCUAUAUAGUUGGAUCCAAGGUGAUUGUGCACACUGACCAUGCUGCCCUUAGACACAUCUUCGCUAAAAAGAUACAAAGCCAAGACUUCUCAGAUGGAUCCUUUUGCUUCAAGAGUUUGAUAUAG